GCUUGGCCUUAACGAGCACCACCAGAAUGAAGUGAUCAACUAUAUGCGCUUUGCUCGUUCCAAGCGUGGCCUGCGUCUAAAAACAGUGGAUUCUUGCUUUCAAGACCUUAAGGACAGCAGACUUGUUGAGGAGACCUUCACAGUUGAUGAGGUGGCAGACAUGCUGGAUGGACUGCAGACUGUUGUACACAGUGAAGUGGAGUCAGAACUCAUAAAUACAGCUUACACCAAUGUUUUACUUCUACGCCAGCUCUUUUCACAGGCUGAAAAAUGGUACCUUAAGUUACAGACAGACAUCUCUGAGUUGGAGAAUCGAGAAUUGUUGGAACAGGUUGCUGAGUUUGAAAAGUCAGAAUUCACAUCUUCAAACAAGAAGCCCAGCACAGAUCUUAUUAAGCCCAAACUGGCUCCUCUAAAUGAAGGUGGAUCAGAGCUGCUAAACAAGGAAAUUACUAGACUUCAAGAAGAAAAUGAAAAAUUGAAGACUAGACUCAAGACGAUAGAAACACAGGCUACAACUGCACUAGAUGAAAAGGCCAAACUAGAGAAGUCACUGAAAGAUUUACAGAUGAUUCAGGGAGAUCAAAAGGCUCAUGUAAACCAGGAUAUAACUGAACUGGAAAAUAAAGUGGCAGCUUUGAAAUGCCAGUUUGAGAAGACCUUGAAUGACUCUACUGCAAAUCAGAAAUCCUUGGAAGAGAACUUGGUGACAACAAAACAUGACUUGCUUAAGGUUCAAGAUCAGCUAUGCAUAGCUGAAAAGGAAUUAGAGAAGAAAUUUCAGCAAACAGCUGCCUACCGCAACAUGAAAGAGAUUCUUACAAAGAAGAAUGAACUGAUAAAGGAUCUACGUAAAAAGCUUUCCAAGUAUGAGCCAGAGGACUAAAAUACAAAGAACAUCUGAUCUGUCAGAAGCUGCCCUAGAAAGAAAAUGUAGACUUGGUGUUAUUUUUCAAUUGUUUUGUUUGGUUUACUUUCUGCUUCUAGUGCUUAAAAUAACUUUUAAUACUAAUAAAAUGCUUAAACUUCUACCUUACUUCCUUCUAAGCUUAAGUCAUGGAUAUUAGUUUCUGUAGUAAUGUUCUAAUUGUUAACUUUGCGCGUUCCCUGAGAAAUAGCAAACAGCAGUUUAUUGAAGAACUGAGACAAUCCUUUACAAAGAAUGUUUAUUUUUAUUAAGAAAAGAAAAAAAGAUAAAAUAAGCAUUAGUUUUUUUUCUUAGAUUUCUCUGAGGUGAAAACUGGAGUUGUUACUUUCAUUCACAUGGCCAUGAUGUGGCAUUGUCUGUGAAAAUUACAUCAGUGGAAGAAAAGAGCAGGAGGAAAAAAACCACUCUAAUUCUGUAGUAUUAUUCACUCUGGAUGUCUGAUCCCUUAGCAGAAUUUGAUCAGUAACGUUUUACUAGAUGUUAUUUGUGAGAUAAUGAGGUAAAUAUACUGUAUAGGGGAAGCAUCUGGCCCUCUUGAAUAAAACCAUUAAUUGCAGUUAUGCUAUUGCCCUUGAAUUUAUUUGAAACAAAUUUGAACAUUGGAAUUCUAACUCUUUCCAGUAUUUCUGAUGUUAAGAUGACAAUCUGAAAAAGUCUAAGUAAGUUGCUAAUGAAGCAGGUUUCUCAGGAGAUAAGUUAUUUUAGAAGUUUUCACCUCCUUUAUUGUUGCAGCCUCACUCAAAAGAGGUUUUUUUUCCUCAUAUCUUGCACUUGAAAUCCUCUACCUUGGAUUCAUCUGGCAGCCUGUUUAUAGUGCUUUUUACUUGCUCGUCUUUCCUUGUUCAUAUGUAUGUUGUAUAUUACUCCAAAUAAAACUAUUAUGUUUU